UUGAGUUUAUGAUUUAUUCACAAAAAUUAAAUAAUACUUUUUAUAUUAGCAUCGUAUAGUAUUCAGUUGGAUUUAUACCGUUACCAUAAAAAUUUAAACUAUAAAUAAUACUUUUUGUUUAUUUUUUUAUGUUUUUUAAUCGGAAGGUUCAUACUCACAUUGCCCCCUCCCUCUCACAGCUGCAAACAGUGAAGGUGAGCGUAGCGGGGCAGAUUGCACAGGUCAGGUGCAGACUGGAGAAAAAUAACCAUAUCAUUUGCGAACAUGAAACUUUUCUCUGUCGCUUUGACUUUGUUAACUUCCUCGGUGGCUUUUUACUUUUAUACACCCCUACCUGAUGGCAUACGGGAGCCAAAGAAGCUGAUGCUGCUGGAUGCAACUUUCAAAACAGUCUCGAAAUUUGCCGCUCUGAAGCAGCAACUUGGCUUUGGUCAUCCCAUUAGGACCAUAAGAACAUUCAGAGAGACCCUCCUCGAGUCUGACGCCGGGGAAGACUUUGUCCCUGGAGUUAAAGUGACUGAUGUGUCUUUCUCUGGAGUCCCAGUUCGAGUGUAUGAAACGUCUGGGGGAGGGGGAAGUCUGCGGAGGGGGCUGCUGUAUUUUCACGGAGGAGGAUGGGCUCUGGGCAGUGCAAAGAAAGGUUCAUACGACAAACUCACCAGGAUGAUGUCUGCGGAGCUCAAUGCUGUAGUCGUCUCUGUGGAAUAUCGUCUUUACCCAGAGGUGCAGUUCCCUGAGCCGUACUUGGACUGUCUCGCUGCAGUAAAAUACUUCCUGUCUGAGGAGGUUUUGUCCAAAUACUCAGUGGACCCUGAGCGAGUGGGAGUAUCUGGAGACAGCGCUGGGGGCAACCUGGCUGCAGCAGUGGCUCAAGAGAUCUCCCAAGACUCCAGUGUGAGUGUGAAGCUCAGUGUUCAGGCUUUGGUUUACCCUGCUCUACAGGCCCUGGACUUUAACACACCCUCCUGUCUCCAAAACCACAACAUCCCCAUUCUCUCCCGCUUUGCCCUGGUGCAGUUCUGGAUUCAGUAUCUCGGAGCAGAUCUCUCUCUGAAGGAACAGUUUUUAUCCAACCAGCACAGCGGUCUAGAGCAGCCUCUCCUCAGCCCUGAGUUAAGAGCACGAUUUAACUGGACUCUGCUCCUCCCUCCAGAGCAUCAGAAGAACCACACACCGGUUGUAACAGACAAAGGAUUGGAAGGAAUUUUGGAAAAAGUCCCAGGAUUCUUGGAUACCCGUGCUUCUCCUCUUUUGGCCAGUCCAGAUGUGCUAUCCAAAUGUCCAAAAGCGUAUAUUAUGACUUGUGAGUUUGACGUGUUGAGAGACGAUGGUUUGAUGUACACGAGGAGAUUACAAGACGCUGGGGUCCAGGUCACAAAUGCACACUAUGAAGAUGGCUUUCACGGCUGCUUUAGUAUGCUCUUCUGGCCCCUGGAGUUUGAUGUGGGGAAGAGGGCGUUUAAAGACUAUAUCAGAUGGCUUCAGGACAAUUUGUAGAAGACUGUGAAGACUGUCUGUUAAGACCUGCCAUGAUUAAAAAAAAACAUACAGUAAAGGCGUUAAACGAUAAUAUUGAAACUACUUUAAAAUAGAGAUUAACAAUAAUGCUAGAAUAAUCCCAGUAAACCCUUUUUAAAUACACAUUAUCAUUAAAAGAUAUGGUCUGCAAACAUAGCAGAAUCAAUCAGUGAUUAACCAUAAAGUCAUUUAUUCAGCAGCUCAAAUAUUAUUGUAUUACAACAAAAAUGGAAACUAGCUAUUUAGUUAUAAUCUGGUGCUGUAGAUCUGUUUUUAGUUUUGACUUAAUGUCUCUGUAUAUUGUCGCUUUAAAUAAAGACUUAACAAAAAUA